CGCUCCUCCCCCUUGCUCUUCCUUCUCUGUAACUUCAUCCUUUCACCUUCUUCUUCCCCUUCCUUCUCUCUCAUAAUCAAACCGCACCCCCGGGAGGGAGGAAGGAAGAAGAGUGCGGCCAUGGAUGCGUACGAGGCCACCAAGGUGGUGUUCGCGCGGGUGCAGGCGCUGGACCCGGAGCUGGCGUCCAAGAUCAUGGGGAUGCUGCUCGUCCAGGACCGCAGCGAGGAGGACAUGAUCCGCCUCGCCUUCGGCCCCGAGCACCUUCUCCACACCGUCGUCGCCAGGGCUCGCGCCGACAUCGCCGGCCACAGGCUCUCCCCGUCCUCCCCUCCUCCGCCUUCACCGUGGGAGGACGACCUGCCGCCGCUGCCACCGGGCGCGUUCGCUGGGGACGGUCAGAGGUUCGACGGGGACGGCCGUGCUGCUGCCAUGGAGGAGCUCAUCUGGGGCGAGCAGCAGCAGCAGCAACACCGCCGGAGCCUCUCGCUCUCUGAUGCCGACGCCGCAGGCGGAUGGAAGCCCUGCCUGUACUACGCGCGCGGCUUCUGCAAGAACGGCGGCAGCUGCCGCUUUGUCCACGGCGGGCUCCCCGACCACGCCCUCGCCGCGGCCGAGCAGGACAUGGGGGACGCCAUCCGCGCCGCCCGGGCCGAGGCCGCCGUCCGGUCGGAGCUCAUGGCGUCCGCCUUCCCCUUCUCGCCGUCUCCCCGCGGCCUGAACUUCCUCCUCCAGCAACAGCAGCAUCAGCAGAGCGACUCCCAGAGGGCGGCGGCGGCCAUGAUGCUGGCCGGAGGCGGAGGAGACGACAUGCACAAGUUCGCCGUGCGGUCGCCGCGGCUAGACCGCUGCGUCAGCGACCUCGCCUCCAACCCCGCAGCAAGGCAGAUCUAUCUGACAUUCCCCGCCGACUCCACCUUCAGCGAGGAGGACGUGUCCAGCUACUUCAGCAUGUACGGGCCGGUCCAGGACGUGCGCAUCCCGUACCAGCAGAAGCGCAUGUUUGGCUUCGUCACCUUCGUCUACGCCGAGACUGUGCGGCUCAUCCUCGCCAAGGGAAACCCACAUUUUGUAUGCGACGCGCGUGUCCUAGUGAAGCCUUACAAGGAGAAGGGCAAGGUCCCCGACAGGUUCAGGAAGUUCCCGCAUGCGCACCAGGGCGACUUUGCCGGGAGCACGACGCCCACCGGGCUGCUUGAUUCCAGGGACCCUUUCGACCUCCAGUCACCGCAGAUCGGGCCGAGGAUGAUGUACGCCAACAUGGGCAGCCACGAGGCGUUCUUGCGGAGGAAGCUGGAGGAGCAGCAGCAGGCGGCGGAGCUGCAGCAGGCCAUCGAUCUGCAGGGCCGCCGCUUCAUGGGGCUGCAGCUCAUGGACAUGAAAAGCAGAGGCCACCACCACCACCAUCUCGCCUCCCCCAUCGGCUCCCCGGUGGGUCUCCGGCACCUUGCUGACGGCAAUGGCAAUGGCAAUGGCAAUGGCAAUGCCCUACAUUUUGAUCACGCCACCAGCAUCCAAGAUCACAAGAUGAGCAGUGGUGGUGGCCUUGCCAUGAUGUCAUCAGCUGCCCCUGCUGCUAUUUCUGCCAUUGCUGAAGAAGGCAAGCAGCAGCUGGAGGAAGGGGACGGGGAUAGGAGCAGCCCCAAGCAAGGGGUCAACUCUGGGGAAGAGGAGAAGAGGGAAUCUGGUCCUCCUGGGGCGGCAGCAGCACCCAAUGCUAAUGGAUUCCAAGAAAGUGGCGUGGAGGAGCACAACCUGCCUGACAGUCCAUUUGCUUCUCCCACAAAGGCCAACUCCUCCAUUGAUGCUGCUGCUUCAGCAGCGGGCCACAAUGGCAGCCCUCAUCUUGUGGCUUCAUCCCUGUUCCCUCCUACAUCCGCGCUUGAGCUGCCUCCCUACAAAUCCUGCUUCUUCCAAGUGCCCAGGUUCUCCCCUGGGCAUGGAGCUAUUGGGCUGUGAAUAUAGAACAGGAAAAGGGGUCUCCUUCUCAAGAUGAGAGGAGUGAUAAGCACCCCAGGAAGUGGAGGGCAGGAAUGAAGGAAAAGCUAUUAACAAAAGACUAGGAGUAAUCUUCAGAGAGGAACAACAGCAACAACAACAGCAACAAAGAAAGGAAAGGAAAAUCUAGGUUGUUUUAGCUCUAGGCCAGCCUUAAGUAUAUGAUAGUAUAACUAAAUAAUAAUAGUAGUCUCCUUAAUUAUAUUAGCUGCUGCAAGUAUCAGUUAGUGGUAGUAGAAGAACCAAAGACAAUAUUCAGGCAUCCUGUAUGCUAUAUGUUAUGAUGAUCCUCUGUAGUUGAAUGGAUCUCAUCUCAGUACUGCUAUGAUACACAAGUGAAAUCAAACUUAGUCCUGGCAGCCAGUUGUUGGAAAGUGACAUGGCUGCAUACAGACAUCAAAAGCAAACAGGUAGAGAGAGAAGUGGAGUGGACAAAAGCCGGACAGAGGUCACAGAGGGGAAAGUGAUGAGGCAGUGUGGGGGCCUGAAGAGGGCACUCACUCACUCACGGGUGCCAAGAAUCAUAGUUGAAUCAUGUCAUCAGAGACAUUGUCCUUUUGCCCAUGCACUGGUCAAAAUAGACAGAGAUAUACUAGUCAUGUCAAUGUAUAUUUUCCUGAGCAGUAGUAGCAUGCUUUGUUGCUCCACUCUGCAUCUUUUUGCUCUUCUCCCUUUUCAUCAUCCUUGUGGAAGUAGCAGCAGCAGUAGACAAAGAAAUGAAAAAGUAAUUACCCAGUUAUAUCUGUUCUCUCUCUGUUUUUAA